AUGUGCGACUCACCCAACACCACCGAACUUCACUACCGCAAGCAAGCCAUUUCAAGACAUCAUCGUGGGGAUAUUCAAGUGCCACCAUCGUCCCAAGAAUACGAAUCGCACUCGCAGUACGCCCCUUCGUUUAUUUCUUGCUGCUCUGCCGUGCUCAAGCCUGCGCUAGUGAUGAAGUUUACACCCGUCCUCGCCGCCUCCCUCGCCGCCGUCCCAGCCUUCUGCGCCCCCGACGGCCCCUACGACCCAGACAUCCACGGAUCCAGCUCGUCCUCGGGAUACGCUGGAUAUGGCAGCAUCCCUCAGCACGCCGGCGAAGACCUCGUAGGCGCCGCCGACACCAUCCUCGAGGUGGCAAACGGUCUAGUCAACGACUCCGACUCCGACCACACGCCGGAGCUGGAACCCUCUUCCCCUGUGGACCGCUCAAGCACCUCCCGCUCCGACACCUCUUCCCCCUCGUAUAACCUCUCAUCCGACUCCGACACUGGCUCGACCAGGUCCAACCCCAUCAUCAUCAAGGACACCGACGCCGCGCGCACUACCCCUGUGCCGCGAAAGAAUAGCCUCUUCUUGCAGGACGUUCCCAUUAUUGUGAUCAGUGCAGAGCAAGACGAUGGGUCGGGAUGCCUGAAUCGGCCAGCGGGGUACCCAUGCUAUCCCUCGCCUGCGCAUCUGAAGCCACCUAGGGUGUCCGAGGGCGGGACGUGGGUGCGGGAGUUUACCAGUAUAGCCUAG